AUUUCCGACACAUUUCGGUUGCUUUUAAAACAGGAUAAAAAAGUCAAAACCAAUUGAAAAGGGAGAUUUUGGGGGAAGAAUGGAUUUGCUAAGCGUGAACCCUAAACUCUUGACUUUUUAUGCCCCAUAUGAUCGCUGUCAAAAGAGAAAGCUGACACUACUAAAUCCCUACGAUAGACAGGUUCUGUUUAAGGUAAAAUCAAAUGCAUCUCUGCACUAUCAUGUGAGUCCCAGUUCCGGCAGUAUAGAACCCUAUUGCUUCAGCGAUAUCAGCAUUAGUCUGAAUAACUUUGAUUUUCAUGAGGAUCUGGAGCAAAAACACCACUUUUGCAUUCAAUCCAUGUAUGCUCCCCGAGAAUAUAUCAAUGGCGAGACGACUUUGGCAAUUUUCCAGCGAGUUUCCCGCAGUGAUAUCUCCUCAAAAAGUAUUUUUGUUCGCCUGGAGGCAAAACCUUUUUCGUCACCUAAUUUAAGACUGGACUUACUCUCUUCUUUGGGAAAAAUUCCCAUGGAAAGAGAUAUGCAACUUUGUCCCAAUUUUCCAAAUUCGUUGGAAGCAUCUCAACAACAGGGAAAACCAAAGAAAAGCGGUCAUAUUACUAAGCUUGUCAUUAUAGGCUCAAUGAUUUUAGUUGUUUUUACAGCAUAUAUGCAGCGUAAGCAAGUGCAUGAGAUGCUGGUAAAUAAUUUUACGGAGAUAAAAUAG